GGAGGCGGGCUGAGCUCCGGCUUUUGGCAGCUUCACAACAGGCAGAGGGAGCGGAGAGGACCCGGCGGCUGCUGCAGAGGAUGCUAAGUUUGUGCUGGCUGCUUCUCCCGCUGGCUGUGGGAAUCCAUCCAGAAUGCAAGAUAUUCCAGCAGGUGGUCAAAGAGGAGGCGCUCUGCUUAGAAAAUAAUGAAUCUGUUUCACCUGAUCUUAAAGGAUGCACCAGAGAUUGGGAUGGUCUAACUUGCUGGCCCAGAGCCACCUUUGGAGAAGUAGUUAAAGUUCCUUGUCCAAGAUUCUUUGAAGAAAUCACCAAUAUGCAUGGCUUCCUUCAGAGAAACUGCACACAGGAGGCAUAUUGGUCAGAGCCAUUCCCACCAUACACCGUUGCCUGUGGAUUUGAUGAAGGUUCCAGUAAAGGGCCUGAGGAUCAGAAAUCAUAUUAUUCUGCAUUUUGGCGUGUCUACACUGCUGGCUAUGCAGCAUCAGUGACUUCACUCAUUACAGCUCUAAUUGUCUUUGCUGCCUUCAGAAAAUUCCACUGUACACGGAAUUACAUCCAUAUGCACCUGUUUGUCUCCUUUAUCCUGAGAGCAAUUGCUGUUUUCACCAAAGAUGCCGUUUUGUUUGCAGAUGAAACUAUGGACCACUGCCUCAUGUCAACGGUUGCUUGUAAGGCUGCUGUGGCAUUCUUCCAGUUCAGUAUUUUAGCCAAUUUCUUCUGGCUUCUUAUAGAAGGGAUAUACCUGCAAACACUGCUUUUGCUUACUUUUGUUUCAGACAAGCAGUAUGUAUGGUGGUUCAUAUUUACUGGCUGGGGAGCUCCAACUGCUGUGAUGUUUGCUUGGGUCCUCACAAGAAUCCAUCAACAAAAUACUGGAUGUUGGGAUGACGAUGAAAAUGGAGUGGAGUUAUGGAUCAUCAAAGGCCCCAUUGUGCUAACUGUAUUAAUUAACUUUAUUAUAUUUAUUAAUGUGAUAAGAAUUCUAGUUCAUAAAUUGAAAUCUCAAGAAGGAGGAGGGAGCCAUUCCAGCCACUUUGUGAGACUUGCUAAAUCAACAUUACUCUUGAUUCCACUCUUCGGAGUGCACUACAUUGUAUUUGCAUUUUUCCCAGAAAGCACUGGUCUGGAAGCUCGCCUUUACAUUGAGUUGGGAUUGGGUUCUUUUCAGGGUUUCGUUGUCGCUCUUCUAUACUGCUUCUCAAAUGCUGAGGUUCAAAGUGAACUGAAGAAGCAACUCUGCAAAUGGCAGUAUCAAGAAUACCUGAACUUCACACACAAGCAUGGGACUUUGUCCAGAGAAAACAGUCCAGUCAACUAUGUCACCCAGUUGUCAUUGCUUGAAAAAAUCAGUCCAAAGAGGAAAAUGUCUGUGUACCAGAAUGGUGUAACUUCUGUCUGAGCUUUUCUAGCAGGAUGAGUUGCUGUGACAUUGUAACAUACUACCUAAGAGAUCAGCUUGGAUCAUUUAUGGCUUUCCAUAGUGUCAAGAGCCUUCUGUGAAUUUCUUGUCCUGAAUGUGAGCUGCUUUUCUCACCUGGUAGAGAUCAGUAUCAUGAUGCUAUUUCUACCUCUCUUUAAGCAUAUAAAAUCCACCUAUUCUGUUGUGAAAAGUCAAACCUCGAGCUAGUGUGAAUCAACAGAUUAGCACCCAAAAUACCCCUGGGAUUACAUUUAUUCCUCUCAGGGCCAGCAUGUUUGUCAUGUCUAUGUUAGUGUUUUCUGCAAUUUCCAGUUUUCAAGAGCACUGUUCCUAAUCUUCCUAUGAAACAGUUAUGUUGUCACAAUGGUUUGCCACAAUGUUUAGUAAUGUUUUACUAGUUGACACACAGAAACUUGCUAAGCACUUACCUACAGAGCAGCAACCUCCUUUAAAAGGAAUCUCAAGAUGUCUUGAGGGUGGCACAAAAAAAAACCAGGUUACAUUAUCUGCUUGGUUUUUUUAAUGCCAUUCCUGUUGAACAGAGAGAUUGAAUUAGGACAGAGGACGCCAAGCACUUUUUUGUCCAUGAGAAAACACGAAGCAGCUGAACCUUAGGUGGACUAUGAGUGUAUGAAGGAGAAACAUAGAGCUAACUCAAUGAAGUAUGCCAGCUGGGCUACUUUGAGCUCAGAAUAACUUACACACCUAGUCCUGGUACCCAGAUGCCAGUGUGUAGCUGGAACAGAUCUUCUUCCUCUAUAACCUUGAAAGUUAGCUGGAUCCAUCAACGAAAUACACAAUUAAACUGUAUUUUUGUGCUUUUGGGGGGACCUCUGAGGACUAAUCUUCUUUGAUUUCUAUGAUUACCUCAGUCGUGCCCAUCGUUUCUCAACCCGUUAUCACAUCAUUCAAUGAUGUUUCUGGGGUUAGAAUCAUUGAUUAUUAUUACUGCACUAUGAUCUAGUGAAGCAAACUAUGCUUGAGUAAAACAGAGCCAACCAAUGCUGUGAUUUCAUCGUUUCUAUGGGUGACCUUUUUUCUUUAGGACUGAACUGGACUCUACCUCAAACUCUCCAAAAGUAAAGAAAGGACACACAAAGUACACUAGACACAUCUACAGCUCCUGUUGGGAAAGGACCAUUCCCAAAAGAGCCUGCAACCAGACUUGAAAACAGUGCUAGAGACCAUGGCUAGUCAAGUACUUAUUUGGCUUUCUGCAAUCUGCAGGUUAGCUUUUAAAAGUACUGCUCUGGUCUCUCAUUUUGCUAUAUUCUUGGUUAUUUAUUUAGGCCAGGAGACAUUUGACUUCACAGAAACCUCUUUAUUGAUUUCAAGAUUUUCGUCUCUCAGUCCAUAUUACAACAGAGAUGAAUUGUCCAGAUUUUUAUAAAUAUAAUUCAGAUCAGUUCUUUAUUAAUUAACGAUUUACCCUAUCUAACCCAAUGGAACAGAUGUCCUCUAUAAGUUACCGUCUUGUUUAUUCUGAGCUUGUCAGUUUUCCUUGUAAAAGUAAUCCUUGCUCCUGUCUUGUUUGCUGCCUAGCAUAGUGAUGUGAACACAUUUGUCUGAUGUACAUUCAUAAAAUGCACGUGAUAAUUAGAGCUGUUCUGAGUUUGUAAAUUUUAAUUAUCUUAUGUCAGUUUGCAUAUUUCAUUUGAGGCUUUUUAAAAAAAGAACAGUCUUGUAAUUGUGUUUACUAUGGAACAGUUUUGAAGCCAAUGAAUAUGUACAAUUUUGACCUUUUCAUCUUAAAAAAAGAUUUACAUUACAUGAUUCUGCAGCCUGAGUUACAACCCCACUCCCCUUCCAAGACAUUGUUGCUAAGACAGGUCUGUGGUACCCUGUUUCUAUUCAUUUUUGAGAGGAGGCCAGUAGUUCAGGUAUCUGACUGUUUCUGAAAGUUCUCUUGAGGAAAUAACUGUAUUAAACAUUACUGGUUUUCUUUAUAAAGAAACUGACCCUUAUCUCUUUAUCUGACUUUGAGGAGGAAAUAAGUUGAAGUGAAUUGUGCUUCUGCUUUUGGCUCACCUGGGAAUGUUUCUUCGAAAAAAUCUGGCAUGAGGACUUAUGCUCAGGAAUGUGGUUUAGUAGUGGACAGGUGCGAUUGGACUUUAUGAUCUCAAAGGUCUUUUCCAACCAUACAGUUCUAUGACUCUAUGUUACAGAUUUUACAUAUUGUCCCAGUAAAAUCUCCUCAUUAAUUCUCUCCCAUGUAACUUCAUGCCUUCAGUGCAUCCAUCAACAUUCUUGUGUCACACAGCGAUUCACACUUCCCAGCUGAGCUCCCAAGAUUGCCUGCGUUUGACUAUCAGACCACCCAUCUUACUAUAUGUCCUCUUCCUUUAUUACUGGAAAGAUUCUUUACUGGAAAAAGGGUCUAGGAAAAUGACAAGUGAAGGCAAGGAAGGGUGAUUGGUCCCAGUACACCAUGAAGGACUUUUUCAUCAGUCAUCUGGUGUUCAGUCUCCUCAGAAAAAUUCAACAGCUCUAGCAACCCCAACAUUCCUGCCAGAACCCGCAACUUAGUUUGUAUCCAUAUACCAACACCAUGCAUAUUCAGCUUACGUUAACUCUCCUGAUAUCCCCUUUCGCCUCAAGCUUUUUUAGGUCACCCUCGCAACUCAUAGGCAUCCAAUCCAAUGCCUCAAAUGUUGUUCAACAACCUCAGCAAUACCCCAGCCAAGCAAUCUGCCUGUAUUUUAUCUAGGAAGUCCCUGCAUCCCUCUCUGUCGUUUUGAUGUUACCAAGUCUUUAAUGUUUCAAACAUUUUGGAUCAGAAUGUGUAAGGCAUAAGCUGGAGUUGAGGACUAUAUGAAGAUAUUCUGCAUGUAUGCAAAACCACUAUUCGCAUCAUUUAUAUAGAUCUAAAGGGCACAAUUGGACAGGCCUGGUGAUGAGGUUAAUAAACCCGGGGAGUGUAAGACUUUCUGGGAUAAAAGUUUUGUUUAGGCAGCGAAAAGGCUGCUGAUCCCUUCUGAUUGCCCAUCUGAGAACACAUUUGUGUGUGUAGGAGUAGGGAACAAUUCAAGGAUAUGUUGCUUCACAGCACGCCUGCAAAGGUAGCAAGGGGGAUUGUCACAAAUUUUGUCUAGAAAUGCUGUGCAAUCUGUGUGGAGGCACUGCCACCUUGUGGAGCAUGGGCUGGGCUGGGCACACUGCUGGAUGUGUGCAGUCUGGAUAGCCAGGCAGUGCUCCAAAGCAUUGCCACCUGCUCACAGCCGGUACGAAUCUGAUAUAUGUUCUCUCCUGAGAGAGAUUUCAAUGAUUACCAAGGGAUACCUGCAAUAUAAAUUAAGUUAUAUCUCCUAGGAAAACCUGCUUUCUCUUUCUCUAAUCCCCUGGCAUCUUUUACACAGUUUAACUCACUCAGUAUCCUUUUAAAAUGCCUUUUAAAACUCUGUGACAACCUGUAAGCGUUACAACCAUUUCAACAGUUUUUCUUGGCAGUGCAGCAAAGACCAGUUGUUCAGGUGACUGAAAUUUUUCAGAGCAGAUUUUUAAGCCUUACAGUGUCAGCACUUUUUCUGCAGAAAGGUUGAUUCUGUCGAUUCCAGAUUAAAAAAAUAAUUCCUUCCAACAGGUAGUUUUACCUGCUUUACUAAGCUGAGCUUCCCCAAGGUUGCCUAAUCCACCCAGAACUAGAUUUUCAGAGCAGUGCAGAGGUAUAGUAGAAGCUAUGGGUGAAAAGGCCUGAAAUAAUUGCAUUUCAAAUCAAGGGAAGAAACAGUUAAUCAAUUUAAAAGUGCAUUGCAUGACAAGAAUGAUCUUCAGGAAAAAUUAAAUGCUGUGGUAAGAAACACCUGUUGCAAUACUCUUUCUGUAAAGCAAAGCUGGUGUUCAGAGCAAAGGUUAUGAUAGCUAAUUUUAGGCAUCUGUG